GUUGCACCCUGGACAUGGCCUCAGAGACCCACAUGCCAGCCCCAGUGUGCCUCAUUGAGAACACUAAUGGGAAACUAGAAGUUAAUCCAGAAGCUUUGAAGAUCCUGUCUGCCAUUACCCAGCCUCUUGUCGUGGUGGCCAUUGUGGGCCUCUACCGCACAGGUAAAUCUUACCUGAUGAACAAGCUGGCUGGGAAGAGCAAGGGCUUCUCUAUUGGCUCCACGGUGCAGUCUCACACCAAGGGAAUCUGGAUGUGGUGUGUGCCUCAUCCUGAGAAGGCAGACCACACCCUCGUUCUGCUUGACACUGAGGGACUCGAAGAUGUAGAGAAGGGUGACAAGAACAAUGAUACUCAGAUCUUUGCACUGGCAAUACUACUGAGUAGUACCUUUGUUUACAAUACCAUGAACAAAAUUGACCAGACGGCUAUCGACCUAUUGCAUUUUGUAACAGAACUGUCAAAUCUGCUGAGAACGCUAUCCUCACCUGAUCUUAACAGAGUUGAAGAUGAAGCUGACUUGGUGAGCUUCUAUCCAGACUUAGUGUGGACUCUGAGAGAUUUCUACCUAUCUCUGGAAGCAGAUGGACAAAGCAUCACAGCAGAUGAGUACCUGGAGAAUUCACUGAAGCUGAAGCCAGACACUCAUCAAAAUCAUCAAAAUUUCAAUUUGCCCCGUUGUUGUAUACAGAAAUUCUUUCCAAUAAAGAAAUGCUUCAUCUUUGACUCUCCCACUCACCGGAAGAAGCUUGCCCAGCUUGAGACACUACACGAUGAUGAACUGGAUCCUGAUUUUGUGCAACAAGUGGCAGAUUUCUGUUACUACAUCUUUCGCCAUUCCAAGACUAAAACUCUUUCAGGAGGCAUCAAGGCCAAUGGGCCUGAACUAGAAAGCCUGGUGCUGACCUUCGUCAGUGCCAUCACCAGCGCAAAUCUGCCCUGCCUGGAGAACUCAGUGCUGGCCUUGGCCCAAAUCAAGAACUCAGCCGCAGUGCAAAAGGCCAUUGCCCACUAUGACAAGCAGAUGGCCCAGAAGGUGCAGCUGCCCACAGAAACCCUCCAGGAGCUGCUGGACCUGCACAGGGCUAGUGAGAAAGAGGCCAUUGAAAUCUUCAUGAAGAAUUCCUUCAAGGAUGUGGACCAAAAGUUCCAGAAGGAAUUAGGGACCCUGCUGAAAGCCAAACAGGAUGACUUUUGUAAACAGAACUUGGAGGCAUCAUCAGACCGUUGCUCAGCUUUACUUCAGAAUAUUUUUGGUUCUCUAGAAGAAGAUGUGAAGCAGGGGAUUUAUUCAAAGCCAGGGGGGCAUUGUCUCUUCAUGCAGAAGACAGAAGAGCUGAAGGCAAAGUACUAUCAGGAGCCCAGGAAAGGAAUACAGGCUGAAGAAGCUCUGCAAAAAUAUUUACAGUCCAAGAAGUCUAUGAGUGAUGCCAUUCUGCAGACAGACAAGACUCUCACAGCGAGGGCAAAGGAAAUGGAAGAAACACGUUUGAGAGUGAGGGCUGCAGAGGCUGAAGCACAAAGGUUGGAGAAGAUUCGAAGGGAGCAGCAGCAAAUGAUAGAGCAGAGGGAGAGACAGUAUCAGGAGCAACUGAGACAAAUGGAGAUGGAAAGAACCCGCCGUCUGGCUGAGGAACAGAGGGCUUUGGAAAGGAAACUCCAGGAAGAGACUGCAAAGCACCAGGAGAGAGUCGAGGCUGAAAUGAGACAACUUCAGAACCAACUCCAGCAGCAGCAGUACAAUGCCAGCUCACCAGACUGUAUCUUACUCUAAAGCUAAAUAUCAGAACUCCUUUUCAUGUUUACCACCACUGAGGACAGGAAACAAGACACUAUAAAACUUGGGACAAUUCCCGUUUGAAUCAAUUUUAUAAUAAUUAUGUCAAACUUUUAUAUUUCUAUAAAGUUAUGGUGCUAAUAAUUGGUAAAAUACAUAUUUCAAUAGUUUAAAUAAUGGUUACUUCCUUAAAAAGGUUAUGAAUUAAUUGUAUAAUAAGGGACAUAUUUGAUCACUGCAUUUGUUUGGUAGAGAUAUUGGGCUAGUUGUCUGAGAGAAAACUUUCUCUUAUAUCCCAACGCCACCCCUCUCAUUUUCUCAGGGGAGAUUGAAAGUGACCUAGGGAGUGUGAUUCACAAUAGACUAAGUCAAAUGGGACUUGACCAAAGUCUUGAGUUCAGGUGGGCAUCACUCCUGCCACAUUGUCAUAUGCUGGGUGCCAUCUGAAGGUUACCAAUGGGAAGAAAAUUAACCUCGCUUCUUAGUGGAAACAAGGUACGGUUCUCAACUGGGAGGAAGCUGCUCAGUCUAUGGGCAGUGAUAUCACUACUGAUCAUGUUCAGUUGAGGGAUUGCUUAGGGAGAUUCCAAAGUGUAAGCAAAUAACAGUAUACUGAGGUGAAGGUGCUCCAGAAGAUAGAAGGGACUAUCAGUAUGGAAAAUGUGACAUAGGCUGAAGGGCUAAAGAAGCCGUUCCUUUAUGUUACCCUCAUCAAGGGCAUAACCUAAAUAGGACAUUUUAUAUCAUGAAGAAAUUUAUACUGGACUUAAUAAUUCUGUAUUGUGUUUUUAUAAUCCUUUAGAGCUUAUAAAUAAAUGGUAUAAGGAAUGCCAGAUAAUGUGCCAAAAUAUCUGAUGGGUUCAGUUUAUUUAUACUUGCUUUUAACGCUACAGUUAAAUGAUCUUAAUUCUUUGCACUCAUAUGUGAAAGCCUACUGAUUUUUAUUAAAAACUAUAAAUGGUAUACAUAUAUGUUUGUACAUAUUUUUACCAAUAAAUAACCAUAAAAUUGAAA